AUGGCUUCUUUCGCUAUCACGGCCUAUGCCGCCUUAUCGCAGACCCCCAAAGUCGAGGACGCUCUGUCGGGAAUCUUUGGCAGCAUCAGUUUGACCGCAUGGAUCUGCCUCCUCCUCCCCCAGCUUCUUGCCAAUUACAAGGCGCAAAGCGCCGACGGCCUUUCCAUGGCCUUCCUCGUGGUCUGGCUUCUUGGCGACGUGACCAACCUGCUAGGCGCCCUCUUCACCCACCUCGCCCCAACAGCAGUUGCCCUCGCGAGCUACUUUUGCUUCGCCGACCUGGUUCUCAUCACCCAAUGCCUUUACUACAACACUAAGAACACCCGUCGCGCCGCCCGCCGCCGCUCCUCCGCCGCCGUCACCGCGACGGACGCCCCCGAACCCACUGAACACGAACCCCUCCUCUCGCGCCGCCGAAGUUCCUCUGCGGGGCUUCCCGGCUCCCACCGUCGACAUGCUGUACACCACGAGAACUCCCUUGAUCCCCUGCGCAAGAUGGUGACCGGCGAGGAUGAGACCCCUGAUAGCAAUCCCUGGCUGCACAACACUCUUAGCAUCGUCGCUGUUUACCUGGUUGGUGCUGCGGGGUGGUUCAUCUCAUACAAGGUCGGCGCGUGGGAUUCGCCCGAUGUUGAUAUUGGCACGCCGGAUGAGGCGCAGGGCACGUUUGAGAAGAUUGGCCUGGUCCUGGGUUACAUCUCCGCUGUGCUCUACCUCUGCGCGCGAAUCCCGCAGAUCCUGAAGAACUACAGGGAAAAGUCUUGCGAAGGUCUCGCGCUGCUUUUCUUCCUACUCUCUCUCACCGGCAACCUUACCUACGGCGCCAGCUUGGUAGCGUUCAAGCAGGACAAGGCUUACCUUCUCAACGCGCUCCCCUGGCUCCUUGGUUCAUUGGGCACGAUCGUCGAGGAUUUUGUCAUCUUUGUGCAGUUCCACCUCUACGCCACGCGUCAGGAAGCCAAGGUUUCGGAUCACGCGUAG